AUGAAGCCGCAGCAGAGCAACCCACACAAUAGGGCCACGCGGGCAACACACUUAACAAGUGCCAUACCGCUGUAUCAUGGUAAUAUAGAUGAGGAUGUCGAAAGCUUUAUCAAUGCCUUAGAUGAAGCAGCUAGAAUAUCAGGCUGUACUGAUGCCGAGAAAGCUGAUAUAUUACAUUUAAGAACAGCAGGAGAAGCUAAACGUUACAUUAGGGCUUAUGGCAAGCUGCGUGAAACAACAGACUAUCAAUACCUAGUGCGUAAGUUACUAGACGAGUAUAGGACACGAGAAACUACUAAUGUAAUUUUAACAGAAAUGCGUAACCUAUAUCAACAACAUGGCGAGUUGGUCCGAGUUUUUGAACAUAAGCUACAAGAGUUAGGUAAUAGAUUGUGCAAGGCUUAUGCACAUCCAAGCGAGGAUAUGUUGCAAGAUACUCUAAAAUCUGAGUAUGAACGAGGGCAAAACAGUAAUGCAGCUAGAGGACAUGUAAAUGAAGCAAAUACCCCUCGAGCAAUUUUACUAGAUUUAAUUGAAGUAGCCACUCGAGAAGAGUUACGAGAAAAGCAGAUCUAUAAGCCUAAACAUUCUGCUAUAAAUGCAGUUAAUAAGUCUAGCAAGGCUAAUCUGUCUAAUACACAGAGUAAGCCCGAUGGCUUCCAGUGCUUUAACUGUGGUAAAGUUGGGCACAAGGCAAGAAACUGCUUUCAAAAGCAGAAAAGAAAUGACCAGACAGUGUGCUAUAACUGUGGCAUUACAGGCAACGUGGCACGAGAUUGCCGACGCCCACAGAAGGCUGAAAACGGAAAAGCCCCAAAGGCUGGAGCUUACAUAAGAAGGCCUUCCAAUAAUAAUGGUAGCCCUACCUUCACUACAGGUCCAAAAAAAAACGAUUCUGCGAUUGGUCGCAUGGUUCUAGAGCUAUACAAAACCAUGAAAAAAGUAAAGCCUACAUUUAUUCUGUCCACUGCUGAAUGGGACAAACUAAUAGCAUAG